AUGAACAUUGCGGCCCCAACCUUCAAUGCGCUUAAUAAGCCCCAAAAGCGCGCUCUGAUCUUGCGAGAUCAACUCCGCUUCGUCGACCCGCAACAUCUAAAUGGGUUCCUGGAAGGAGUCAGUAAAAAUGAGCCACCGACGUACACAAAAGUCAAUGGUAUCAUCCAACCGGAACUCACCCUGGUCACACUCAAGGCAGAAGCCACACACUUUGACCUUGGGAAUGUGUUGCUCCCUGAAGAAAAGAAUUCUGUCUAUCGGGUCCAUCUGCUGGUCGAGAAUGGCCACAUAGAUAUGCGCGCCGAAGAUCCGCUUCCGCAGGAUGAUGAUGUCCUUGACUCUGUACCCAUUCAUGGCUUCAUUGCUAAGGGCAUGGUGCCUUUGUUCAGGAAUAAGUUCCAUGCCAUCUACUCCCAAAUGAACAAGAUCAAUGGAGCCAGGCGGGCAGCCUACGACAUGGCGAACCGGGCCCCAACACCCGUUCACGAUGGAGAGACUCUCAUAAGGCUUAAUCCUCCCAAGCGUGAGCAAAGCCAGCCAGCUUUACAGUUAAAUCCUAGUGGAUCAUACCAGGUCAAGCAGCAUGUUUCAAACAAGCGCAAGCGCACAGGACUUGACACCAUCACCGAAGACACGAAGAGCAGGAUAUUCGACACCAUUCCAAGCAACAUCAAAGUCAACCUCUUCGACAGCAUCGUAGAAGCCGCCAUUCCAAAUUUUGACAACGUGAUGAUGGCAUCCUGGAACGUCGUAUCCAUCUACUCCGCCUGCGGGAGCGACUUCCCCGACCUCCACCGGUCAAUUGUUAGCUUGAAGAGCGUGCUUCAGGAUUUCGACGAGGCAUUCGGUAAACGCGUUAACCGAGAGACGCCCAAGUACCGGCACGAUUUCUGCGGUCAUACGCAGGAUGAUGAGAACAGAGGUGGUGAUGGGGACUGCACACCAGACGAGCAUAGACACGAUGGUAGAACUCGCCCCAUCUCACACGUCACUGUCAACAACGAGAAUGCUGGAGAAAUUCUAGAUCAAUCAGAGAGUUCCAAUACUGACCAACACAUCUCUAAGCAGAAGGACAUCGCCACACCAAACGACGGCACUGAACAAACCAGCGAUGAAGAGAAACCAAACAUAUCAUCUCCCUUCCAAACACCCCACCCCGCAAAUCCUGCAGAAAGAGAAGAACGAGAAAUCACUCAAGAUGCGACACAAACUCCCCGCCUGAAUUCCAAAUCCCUUGUCUCAAUGAGCCCAUACAACGCCGCCAAAUUACCGUCCAGAAAAUGCCUCGACACCCGUUCUACUACUCCCCACAACGGCGAUCUACACAAGCUCUUGACAAAUGCUUCUCACGAGAACGGACUUCACAGACUUGCCGCUUCUGAAGAUUGUCGCAAGAACGCAUACAGCAGAGCUUCUGUACCUCUGCCUGCUGGCUAUUCAGCUCGUUCCACGCUUGCGCCCAGAACGAGUACGUCGGGUACGGCGCCUGUGGCGAAUAUGGUACCGAAUGGGGAGAAGAAGAGGGAUGAAAGGGGUGAGGAAUAA